ACCUUUUCCAGCCAGAUCCAGCCUCGUCCUUGUCUUCCAGCUGGUGGUGAAACGUCUGGGAUACGACACCAGGGUCACCAUCCUGGGCCACGUCCAGCGCGGUGGGACCCCCUCGGCCUUCGACCGCAUCCUGGGCAGCCGGAUGGGGGUUGAAGCUGUCAUGGCUCUGCUGGAGGGGACCCCAGAGACCCCUGCUUGUGUCAUCAGCCUCUCGGGCAACCAGGCUGUGCGUCUGCCCCUCAUGGAGUGUGUCCAGGUGCUCCACAUGGGCUCUGUGCUCACCCCCCCGGCUCCCAGCGCCCCCCCCCGGCAGGGGCAGGACCCUGAGGAAGAGGAGGAGGAGGAUGAUGGUCCCUUGGGCAACCAACCCCCUGGGCAGGAGGUGGCCAAGUUUCCCUACGUGGAGUUCCCAGGGCAGGACAACAUCCCCUGCCCCACCUGCCAGGGCACGGGCUGCAUCCCUGCAGAGCAGGUCAAUGAGCUGGUGGCUCUGAUCCCCUACAGUGACCAGAGGCUGAGGCCCCACAGGACGUUCUCUGAGCAGGAACCUGUUGCUGUGAACUUCACUGUGAAGGUGGAGCUGGGUGGACCCUUCUCCUACGUGUAUUUCUUCUGCACGUUCCCCAGGGUGAAGGUUCACAACAUUGUCAUCUUCAUGAGGACCUCAGUGAAACUCUCCUACCUUGGCCACGGGACACAGAGCACCUUGGAGACCCAUCACUACGUGGACUGCAGCACCAACUCCACAGCUGCCCAGGACCUCCUAGCCUUGCCCUCCUCUUCCUCAUGA